AUGGCGUCCCCAACCUCCUCUCACGAUCUCCAGAGAUCGUACAGCGAAGGUCACCCUCCCAACCCCCCUCACUCUCUUUCGUCUCCCCCAACCAACCUCCACCACCUCCCAGCACGUUCGUCACCACUCGCUCCCCCGUCCCGCAGGCUCUCGUCCCAGUCUAUCAACCAAUCGGGAUCUCAGCUCUCCCAUACCUCCAACGAGUCUCUAGCGCUCGUUCCGAGGGAGGCUCCCGGCAGCCUUAUUCCGUCGCUGCCCAAGCCCAGAGCUCACCCUCUCGGACGUGCCCGACAGCUUCGAGCCGAUGUCGAUGGUGUUGUCAAGCCUGACCAUCCCAGCUUUGUUCUCAAGACCGACCACUAUCCCAACGGCCGCGCUCUCGACCUUGACCUCAACGUCCAGGGAGCUCCGAACUUCCGAGCCCCUGACGAGGAGAGUUUAAACGUGUUUGGUGUCGCCCAGCCAACUGUCCCCGGACUCAAGUCUAUUCUGACCGUGUUGUCCUGCCAGCCCAAGACCGUCGAGCUUGAGACCGACGGGCGGCGGAGAAGCAGCUUUGCAGUGACUCCAGAGGUUGAGGGCCAGUCUACCCUCUGGAUCUCGACGAGAGAAGAGACACUGGUCUACAUGCCAUUCCAGACACUCGCUCUUAGCGAUCGAGCCGACAACCUAGAAGACAUCGAGAGGCGUUUGAAGCUAGACAUCCUUGAGGAGUCGAAACGUUAUGGUGGUCUCAUUCUCUGUCACGACGAGGUCGGACCAGACACGCUCGUUCCUACUUGGGUCAGCGUGGAUGAGAGCGUCAUCCGGACCCCAAAGGAAGUGUUCAACGAUGUUCAGAAGGCGGGCUGGCGAGUCGAUUACAGUCGCAUUCCCGUUGGCCCGGACAGACCGAUCGAGGAUGUCGAUCCUCUCACCACGUCCCUCGUUUUCAACUGCGGCAUGGGCGUAGUUCGAACAACCUUCGCCAUGGUCGCUGCACUUCUCCUGCGAAGAGCUCAGUACAUUCGUCGAGGACUGGAGGACCCCUUCGGUUCUCUUGUUGCUGCCUCCGGUAUCUCCACCGCGACACAGCAGCAGGCCUUGAACAGGAGCUUGCUCAAGGUCACGCGGAUGCUCGAUGAGACAGCGAUCGACCUCCUGUCGUCGCACCCGAACCUGCUGGAAAGUCUGCGCCGCGCUCACAUGGGCAACUACAACAUUGUCCUGUCGCUGCUGUCGGCGCUUGAUCACGGACGUGAGACGAAGCGGCUCGUGGACGUGAUUAUCGACAACUGCGAUGCCGUCGUAAACCUGCGCGAGAGCGUCAUUGAGUACCGUAUCAAGUACUCUGUCGCAUCGCGCGAGUCGGAAAACUCGCAGCUGUAUCUUGACAAGGCGAUGCGUGCACUCGAGCAGUACUUCGACCUGAUCGUCUUCGCCGCCUUCGUCGACAGCAAGGACGGCAUGGCGUCCGGGGCCAAGUUCAGCGAGUGGCUGCGAGCCCGGCCUGAGAUCUGGAACCAGAUCAAGAUACUGCGUCGGCGCUGGGGUGACCGUCUGUUCGCGUUCGCGCCGGCAAAUGACCUCAGCGUCAUCUCACGCUCGCUUGACCUCGGCGACCGCCGCGAGCGGCGCUAUGACCCGACCCUCGAGAUCGAGGCUGUCAAAGCUGACAUCAGAACCCUGCUCAAGCGCGACCUGUGGAUAGCGAACACGGCGCCUUCGAGCGAUGGUAUCCGCGGAGCCAUUGGCUUCCGCCAAGUACAGGGCACCAGCAUCUAUGCAACUGGCCAGCCGACCGAGGACGCGAUCACAAACAUUCUGCAUAUUAUCAAGGAGCGGCAGCCGGAUAUCUCGUCGGUUGUGUGGAUCUGUCUCCGCGAGGAGCCUCUCGUCAUGAUCAAUGCAGCGUUGCGCAACAUGCGCGACUACACUGGUGUCGGCUCCAGCCGCCUCGAGCUCCUCGAGGAGCGUCUCAAGAGUGACGUGGUCGCCGAGCUGGCAGCUUUCGGUGGCUCGGUGCUCGUGCACACUGAAGAUUCGGCCGGCCGCGUGGUGCCGCUUUGGGAGAAGGUGGAGAAACUCGACGUUGAGACGCUGCGGCAGGUCAUGGACUCUGUGUCCGAACACACGUCCGACGUCAAGUUCACGUUCGAGCGCGUGCCAAUUACAUCGGAAAGCUCCCCGGACCUGCUGGACGUGAUGAUGCGGAUCGACAUUGAGAAGACGGCUGUGAUCCUGAACGACCAGCUUGGGCGCGGCCGUAGCUCGAACUGUGCCGCGAUUGUGUUCCUGAUCCAGCGGUGGCUGAAGAAGAACCGUCAGCAGCCGACAACGCCGCGUCGCACACAGUCGCGCAGCCGCAUGUCGCAGCCUCCUUCUCGCGCGCCAGCCUCGCGCACGAGUUGGCAGAUUAUCAACUCGUGCCUGCGUGUCAUCCGAAACGGGCUCGACGUCAAGGCCAUUGUGGACGAGGCGAUCGACAGGACCUCGUCGUCGUUCAACCUUCGCGAUGCGAUUGAGGACGCCCGUGACGCGGCGCAGCGCGCCAAGACGACCGAGCAGAGGCACCAAGCCGUGGACAGCGGCAUGCACCACCUCUUGCGCUACUUCCACCUGAUCGUGUUCCAAGCCUACCUGGACGACACGGUGCCCGACGACGAGACGGCGUACACCUUCGAGUCGUUCGUGAAGCACCGUCCCGUGUUCAAAACACUUGAGACGGAGCUGCUGCACGGCGGCAUCAACUCGCUCACCCCGAUUGAGAGGACGGAGCCCCUCCAGGGCCUCGCGCUCGAGGACGAGGUGCACUCGAUCGUCGCGAACCGCGCCGGCGCGAUUCUCAGCGCCCAGACGAUCCUCAAGUCGGACUUCUUCCUAGGUCUCCAGAAACAGAGUCUGCCUGAGCGCGUCGACGGCGCUGCAAACUACCGCCGCGUCCCUCUCCUGCUCGAGGACGGCCAACCGCAGCAGGGCGAGGAGCACUACGUCUAUGGUACUGGCGAAGGUCUGCGCAAUGCACUCACGAAGAUGGGUUGUGCACCCGACGGUCCGCGUCGCGUGCUCUGGACCUCUCUCCGCGAAGAGCCCGUGCUCUACAUCAUGGGCCGGCCGCAUGUUCUGCGCCUGGUCGAUCGGCCGCUGACCAACGUCGAGACGACUGGCGUGACUGCCGCUGUCGUGGAGAGGAUGGAGGCGACGCUGAAGGAAGACGUGCUGAGGGAAAUCCGCCAGAGCGGCGGUCGUAUGCUCCUCCACGACGAGGUGGAGACCAAGCCGGGCGUCUAUGAGGUCGUGCCGAUCUGGGAGCAGGUCGGCGAGGACGACGUCAUGACGCCCAGCGAGCUGUAUGCCCGCGUCGAGAAGGAGGACUACCACGUCGACUACAUGCGGAUAGCCAUUACCGACGAGCAGGCCCCUCUCCCCGCGGCGCUGCAGCAGAUCGUGCAGCGCGUCUCCCUCGGCCUAGGACAGGGCGACGACUUCGUGUUCAACUGUCAAAUGGGCCGCGGACGCACCACGACGGGCAUGAUUGCGGCGAGUCUGACCGCGACCAUUGCCGAGGAGGACAUGUCGGAUCCGGCGCUCUUUGAGGAGGACAUGGAUGGCGAGACGGACACGGAUAUGCCCGAGGAGGCGCAGUAUUUGAAUGGCGAGUACAAGACGAUUCUCCAGCUCGUCACGGUGCUGAGCCACGGCAAGCGGGCCAAGCGGCUUACAGACCGCGUCAUUAAUGCGAUGGAGGGGGUACAGAAUCUGCGUCGGGCAGUGUAUGAACAGGAUGACCAGAGACUGGCCAAGCUACCCGUCCUCUCUUCAACACAGCUAACAUCCCCCAGCUUCAAGCUCAAGGUCGCCGCGGCCGACCCGGGCAGUGCCAAGCACGCCCAGCUCCUGCACCAGGGCAUCAACUACCUUUAUCGCUAUGGCGCGCUCAUUGUGCUCGCCAACUUCCUGCUCGAGAGUAAGGAGAAGGGCGUGGCGUUGAAGGAUGCCGAUUUCCCGAGCUGGCUCGAGGCGAGAAGGGAGAUUCGCAAUGUGCUCAGCCGCAAGACGCUUGAUUGA